UCGAGGAAGUCCACUGGCUUCUCAAAAGAUCAUAUCAAGCCUCUGUGGUGGUCGUUUAACUACAGCGAUGCCUGGUGCCUUGAGGUUGUAAAACCCGGUCUAGUGAUACUCGUGCCUGAGGCGGCAACAUUAGACCGGAGCGGACGGAGGGCCGCAAAAAGUGAGCGCAGUCCUGCAGUGGCGGGGCAAUUCCACCACUCUGCGUGUUUGUUAUCCAGCAAAGUCCAGCAGCCCACCUUUGGGACCUAUAUCCUCCAUUUAUCCACAAUCUUCUCGCAUAUUUUCCUUGGAGUCGUUGGGCUCAUACAAAUCCAAUUUGGAGAGUUUUAUAAUUCAUCCUUAUAUCAUCAUUGUAUACCACCACAACCACUACAGCCCACCCUGCAGCCAUGGAGGAGCUGCAAGCCCAACACCGCAAGGAACAGAAAGACCUCCAAGCGAAGAUUACCCAGAAGAAGAAGUCCGCCACCAAGAAAACCCGCAAGGGCAUCAACGAUGAAUGCGACCGACUGCAGCGGGAGCUCACGGAACGGCAACAGGCACAGCUGGCGGAGCUGAGCGGCGAGCCCGUCGACGGUCUCGAGGACCUCAGCCUCCACGACAGCAAGUCCAAUGACGGUGAUGAUGAUGUGACGAGCAAAGACGAAGGCAACAAUUCCACAGACGAUCCCUCGACCUCCACGACGACGACGACGACGACGACGACGACGUCAACGCCCCCAAUCAGCAACAGCAACAGCACAACCACCACCGACACCCCGCAGCCCUCCGGCGCGCGCCCCAAGAAGCCGAACCGCCAAAAGGCCCGUCUCGCGCGUCGUGCAGCCGAGCAAGCGGCCCAGUCGGCCAUUGCAGCGGAGGAGGCCGCGAACCAGACCGACCAUCGGGGCAACGAGAAGGAGGUUAUGGACGCCGUGUUCAAGCGCUUGCAGCUGAAGGAGAUCGAGAUCAACCCGGACGGACAUUGUUUGUACUCUGCGAUUGCGAGUCAACUGGAUGAGAUGGGUGUGGGUCUCAAUCCGGAUCCCAAGAGGAUGGUUCUCCAGGCUCCCACUCAGUCGCGGGUGGAUACGGUCACGUUCCCCAAGCACGAUGGGUACCGAGCAGUCCGGGCGGUGGCCGCGGACUUCAUUGCUGAACAUAAAGAUGACUUCGAGGCAUUCAUGGAGGAGCCGCUGGAUCAAUACACCAGGAAGAUCAAGCUGACUGCUGAGUGGGGUGGACAGCUCGAGCUGCAGGCGCUUGCGAGGGCAUACGGCGUCGAGAUCAAUGUUAUACAAGGCGACGGGAGGAUUGAGAAGAUAGAGCCGGGUGAUGUGGAUGGACUUGAUGACGAAGAGAGGAGUAAACGGGUCAUCUGGCUGGCAUACUACAGGCAUACAUAUGGGCUUGGGGAGCAUUACAAUGCACUAUCGAAGCAGUCCUAGAGAGAGAGAAAAGCAGCAGAAGCGAGAGUCAAUUUGAGCGAAUCAGACCGGUGGAU